GCCUAGACUAGACAUGAGGAUCACUUUUUCUUUUCCUUUUUUUGAAAUGAAAAUCCCAAGUCAACCGCACCUCAUCAUUUGGUCUUGGUUCUUCUAGGCACCCACCUCACUUCCCACUUUCUUUCAAUUCUUUUGCAAAAAAAACUUUUUCUUUUUUUUUCCUUUCUUUCCAUCUUCUAUAUAAUUGCUACACUUUCAUCAUCAAAAAUCUCUCUCUCAUACCAUGGGAAUAAGCAUGAAGGUGCAUCAGUUCGCACGUGGAUUUUGGGAUCAACACGAACAACCUUCGCUCACGCUUGCCGGAUGCAAGCGUUUGCGCCCUUUAGCUCCCAAAUUCUUGGCUGCCGGAACCACCACCGACACUGUCACCGUCGCCGCCUCGGCCGCCCUCGGCCCUUUUCAUGAUCUCAAGAGCUUCAUCAAGCCGGAAAGUGGUCCGAGAAAACUCGGCUCCGAUGACGAAAAGAGAGAACCACCACAACAAGUGGAUACUCACCCCGGAGGGACGAGAUGGAAUCCGACUCAAGAACAAAUUGGAAUAUUAGAAAUGCUGUAUAGAGGAGGGAUGAGGACUCCCAAUGCACAACAAAUCGAACAAAUCACAGCACAGCUUGGAAAAUAUGGAAAAAUUGAAGGGAAAAAUGUGUUUUAUUGGUUCCAAAAUCACAAAGCAAGGGAGAGACAAAAGCAAAAACGCAACAACCUUGCUCUUAACAAUAACCAUAGUCCAAGAUCAUCUACAACCACCACCACCACCACCGUCACCAGUUCCCUAACUCGCGAAUCAAUGGUCAGUUAAUUAUUUCUACACAUUAUAAUUAUAAUAAUAUAUGUCACAUCGGUUUCUGAGAGUAACGAAAUACUUCUCGGGUGUGAUUUUGUUUAAUGUAUAGGGAGAUAUAUUUGGGAGAGGAGAAGAAGAUAGUCCAUACAAGAAAAAGUGCACGUCUUGGAGUUUUGAAAUCUUGGAGGAUGAUGACAAGAGAUAUUGUAGAAAUUUGGGAGAUGGAACGCUAGAGCUUUUCCCAUUGCAUCCAGAAAAGAGAUGAGCAUUUCGGGGAGAAAUUAACUCCAAGUUAAAAAAAAAAAUUCUCCCUCCAUUAAGAUUUCAGUUUUAAGCAUGUAAUUUUUUGUUUCAUCAUCGAUCAUGUAGCAAUUUUUAGCAUUAGUACUACUUGAAUUUCUUGCUUUUUCUUUCUUUCUGAUUCAUCUCCCUCAGGAAGAACGAAAAAGACAAGUACUUGUAAGGUAUGAUCUUCUCUUUAUAUUAUUCCUAACCUGAUCACGAGGUUGAUCAAAGAAAAAAAAAAACCAAAUGCGUUUUUUUUAAAUAUAUAUUGUCUCUCUUGGAAAUUGUUGCUGCGGCUCUCUUUUCUUUUUUCUUUUUUUUCCUUCUCUUUUUUCC